CGUAUCUUCGUAAUGCUGUACAAGGAGGUGGAGUUAGCUCUGGGCAUCAACUCUGGAUACAGCAAGAGGACGCUGCUGCACCUUCACCCCAACAUCAAGGUGAUGCGUCACCCGGAUCACGUCUCCUCCGCCGUGUACCUGUGGGCUCAUCACGAGAAGAUCAUCGUCAUCGACCAAUCGGUGGCCUUCGUGGGCGGGAUCGACCUGGCGUACGGACGCUGGGACGACCGCGAGCACCGGCUGACGGACGUUGGGAGCGUGACGCUUUCUCACCUGGAGCAGGCUGCCGCUGCGUCUUCCAAUAUGGCCGCCCCCGCCAACGGCAGCGGCGCCGCCUCCCAGAGCAACGGGAAGGGCAUCUUCACGGUGACGGACUCGGUGGACCAGCCCAAGCUGAAGGGUCAGGGGAGGAUGAAGAGGACCAGGUUCAGCAUCAGGAGACACCUGCAGAAACACGGGCUGGCCCACGCCGACAGCGACAGCGACCUGGAGGAGGAGGACAGUGAGUAACUCGCUUCGUUAAGGAGAGACAGCGGAAGCUCCUCUGGUUGUUUAUUUAAGGAGGAGGGUCGCUAAUAAUCAGCACUACUGAUAAAGUAAAGUCAUCGUUCCACCUUUCCUGACUGAAUGAACGACUCCGGUCUCAGCCCCAGAGAUGUUCUAUACGUCAUGUUUUACUCUGACAGAACGUCUAUUAUUUAAACCCAAACUGUGACACCAGACGGCUGCUGGAUGCACACUAAACACACACUAAACACACUUUA